AUGCAUCCUCAGAGCUGGUUCGCCGAUCUUAAUGAAAAGGAGAAGCAAGUUAUAGUGAGCUACUCCGAUGUAGAGAUAUUAUUCGUGGCCAGCAAAGACUUCUACAGUAGCGCUGAGAACAUUUUUUUCCGCAGGCUCGCCGUUGCAAUGAUCUCCCAGCUCGCGAAGACGAUUGAUCCUGAUACACUUAUUCCGUAUCUUGCUAUGAACUAUUUUGAUCGCUUUUUUUCCAAGCGCAAUUCGAUCUUGGAGGAGGUCGAAGGGUACUUCGAUAAUGUAAAAGUUCGUUUGAUUGCUAUUGCUUGUUUCACCAUAGCUGCCAAGAUGAGGAUAAAAGACUUCUCAAUUGAACAGUUUUUGAUUACUCAUUAUAGGAUUGUGAAUUUGAGGAUAAGUCAUCAUAUGGUGAUGAGAACGGAGCUACUCAUUCUCCGUGAGCUUUUGUGGGAAAUGCUACCGGUGACUCCCUUUAUCUUUCUGAACUUCUACUACCGUUUCUUCAAAAAGUACGGUGGUUUUAAGCGUCGUUGCAUCAAUGAGAUAAUAGUUCAAGCUCAAGGAGAGCACACCUUCGUUGACUAUUAUCCUACUAUGAUAGCAAUGUCCGCUCUUCUGGCUGCUUCCAGAAUUGCAUAUGGCAGACUGUAUAGAGAAAUUGUAAUUCCCUUCACAAUUGACAAAGUUGUGCCCUUGGCGCUUCAGGAUAAGGUCUUUGUUUGUGUGGACGAGAUGGUUGAUCUUUGCAAUAGAUUGAACAUCCAAAUUGAGACCCCUGAAUCAAGAACUCCUUCCACUUCAGAGUUAACAGAAAGCCAACAAAACUUUGAUACGCCUGAAUUUGGAACUCCCUACACUUCAGAGUUACAGGAAAGCCAACAAAGCAUUGAUACCCCUGAAUUAGGAACUCCCUCCACUUCAGAGUUAAAGGAAAGCCAACAAAACAAGGGCAAGGCGGCGAUGGUAUAUGAUUCAUCUAAAGAAGAAGAUGAUGACGAAGAAGAUGAUACUGCGUUUAUGAGGUUUUUACAGGACAUGGGCGAGAGGACGAAGACUUCUCGGGCGCUGAAGAUAUCAGAGAAUGUUGAGGGAGAAAACAAAAAACUGGAGAAGGGAGAGACAUCUGGUGGUGGUUAUAAGGCCAAAAUUGAGUGUAUAAUCCGACAACCGUUGGAAAAGGGCAAGGCAGUAGCUGGUGAGAAGAUGGAGGGAUACAUUUCAGAAAUUGCAGAGCUUGAAGAACUAAAGAGCCUAAUGAACUUUGAACUGAAGUGGUCCGAAAUUGUUCCAUCCACUGAACCGCAAUCACAAACAGUUAACCGUUCUAAGUCAAAAGGAAAAUUUCUAAGAACUGCCAAGAAAUUAAGUCGUCGUGACUGCAAAACCGGAAAUUUUGCGUUUUUAUCAAAAAUUGUGGAAAACUGGUAUAUUUUGGAAAAAUAUAUCGCACUUUUACCGAAAAUACUGGAAUUGUCGGUGAAGAAAUACAGAUAUUUCGGUCCAGGUCUGGAGUAUUAUCAUGGGCAUAAACUAUUGAUAAACAACUUGGUAUUAUAA